UGAUGGAGGCAGAGAAUCGGGACAACGAAGAGGAAAAGCCAGUUCCUCUGGAGGGCCAAGAAGAGACCUUUCCUGCAGCAGAAAGAGGAGUCUCUGGAGCUACAGAGCAGUUUGCUGGCUCUGUGGAAUUUUAUUGCUGCAAGCACAAAACCAAUCAGAACUGCAACAGAGAGAAGCUAAUUGGGAGUGACCCAGCCUUGCCAGAAAAAUCUCCUAAGACUUUUUUGGACAAAGUGGGAUUAGACGGUCGUCCUCCUGAACUGGGUGACAUGGAGCAGCCAAGAGCAGACAGAGGAAACCCUGCCCUUCCUUCAGGAGCUCUGCAGGCACCUGCGUUAUCAGGGCAGCUGAGCAGCUCCGCAGAGCCAGGUAUCCUUCAGCUCCUCUUUAACAGUAACAUUGGAGAGCGUGGUGGCCAAAAAUGGGAAGAGGAACACCAGCAGCGUGGAGCUGAGGAACAUGAAAUAAGCGGAAGAAGUGAAGAAACCGUAGCAGAAACAGAGCUGGUUGUCCUGGAUCCAGAACACCCUCUCAUGAGAAGAUUCCAGGCUGCCCUGAAGAAUUACCUUACUAAGCAGAUGGAAAAAGUGAACCUAGAUCUUCAGCAACUGAGGACAGCAACCAAGAAGAGCAAAGCAGAGAGAGAAGAGCUUGGGGUGACUCUUUUCGGGGUGCAGCAGCAGCUGGCCCAUCUGCAGCUGGAACUGGAGAAGAGCCACGACCGCUGCUCUCAGAUGGCCAUGGUGCGCCGGCAGCUGGAAGAGGAACUGGAGGACCUCAGGCUUACUUACAAGAAAAUGUGUCAAAACACAGAUGAUGAACGCAAGAAAGUUUCUGCAAUGCAGACGGAGGUUGAAAACCUGGCCUUGCAUCUCCUCCACGUGCAGAAUAUGGAGCAGGAUAUGCGUCAUAAUAUUUUAAUCGCCAAGCGGUCGAUGAAGAAGGCUGAGGCAGAGAAGGUCCAGGCUGAGGUGGAAAAGAACAAACAGGAUCUUCUAGUAGAGCGCUGGACAAGAAAAGUCAUCGAACUACAAGAGCGGAUUGAUCUGCUUGAGGCCCAGUUUGUGGCCCAGGCGGAGGACACCAAAGUAACUCGGCAAGCAGUGAAUGAGGCCUGUACGGAGAUAGAGGCCAUUAACAUGGAGAAAAAGCGGCUGAUGAAGCACUGGAACAGCAGCUUGGCUGGAAUGAAGCAGCGAGAUGAGGCCUAUGUUGCUGCACAAGAGCUGCUGAGCAAGUACAGAAAUGACCUCAAGUCCCUAGAAAUGGACAUCCAUGGCUGUGGGAAGUCGAUCAGGAAGGAGGAGGAGAAGAACGAGCUCCUCCUCACCGCCCUGAGCCGCUCACAGAACGACGCCAAGACGACAAAGAAACUGAUUGCCAAUUGCCUUUCGAGGCAGGAGGCCUUGAAGAAUGAAUCUGGCAUCUACACUUGCGUUCUCCAGGAGACAGAGCAGGCCCUCACCAGGACCAAGACGGUUCAAGCUGCUCAUCUGAAUGAGUUACUGUCCCUCAGUAAGGAUAUAAACAAAGGAACUGCGGUGAAUGAGCAGAUGGAGAAUGAAAUCAUGGCAAAGCUUCAGGAGCAGAUGAUGUCCAGCAAAGCCGCAAAAUACUCUUCACAGCUGGCUGCAAAACUUCGUCAGAGAAAACCAGAGCUGGAGCUGAAUUUUUGCAAGGUUGAGAACGAGAUAGCACGGGUUGUUCUGAAUGCAACCGAAACCGAGGGCAGGCUGACGGUUCUCCAAAAAACGCUUUGUGAGCUGGACAAGGAAAUAAAAAAUGCCCAUGAUCUGCUUAGCUCCAGGGAGCGUGAGAUCGCAAAGUGCAGCGUCCUGAUUGAGAACAAGGGAGGGGUCAUCAGCCAGAACAAGAAGAGGCUGGAGAAGAUUCUUGCAGAGCUGGGGGGGCACGAAUUGGGACCGUGGGAAAUUGAGAUCACCGGGCUGACCAAGCACAUAGAAGAAUGCAACUGCGAGACGAUGACGCUACAGAAGCGCUGGCUCGAUCUGCAGAAAGAGCUGGUCGAGUUAACACACGAGCGGGAGGAACAAAUCGCCUCCUUGGAUAUGUUGAAGAAACAGUUCACAGUAAUGCAGCAGAAGAAACUGCGCACCGAAAACUUUCUUCUGUUCACCUGUAGAUGAAAUUCAGCUGAAACAAAAGAACAGAAAGACAUCGAACGCCACAUGAAGAACAUGUCCAACGACUUGAUAAAGUUGAAUGUGUUGAUCAACAAGAACAAGAGCAGCUUCGAGGAGCUGCAGUAUGGCAACGUCAUCACAGAGAACGAGUUUGUGCACUCUCUCAAGGCGGCAGAAAGAGAAUCCAUUGAGAUGCAGGAGAGGCACAGCCAAUUGACUGAGGAGAAGGAAAGGCUCCUGAACAGCCUGGUGGAAGCAGAGCAUCAAAUCAUGCUGUGGGAGAAAAAGAUCCAGCUGAUGAGAGAGAUGCGUGCGGCGGUGGAUUCUGACAUAAGCCGAGGAGAAAUCCACACCAUGAGGAUGGAGAUUCGCAGGAUGCAGAUCCGCCAUGGCCAGCUGAUAAAGCAGCAGGAGAAAAUGGUUCGUGAUAUGGAGGCAUCUGUUUCUCGCAGAGAGGCGAUAGCGAUUCAUAGAGAGGGUCAGAGCAAAACAGAUAAGAAACACAUCACUUCCAACAUGCGACUCCAACGCAAGAAACAGGAGCUGAGAAAGAGGAUCAGAGAAACCCAGAAGAACGCUCAGGACUGCAACAAAACCAUCCUGGAGCUGGAGAGCACCCACACGUCCCUCAGCGCCGCCCUCGCAGAAAAGGAGCAGGAGCUGCUCAGGCUGCAGGCCGAGUCCCACGGCCUCGAGUCCGACACCGAGAGUCUGCGCAGCAGGAAGCGCUGGAACCUUUUGGAGAUCGUGGCCUACCAGACACGCCAGAAGCACCUGCAGGCGCUGAAGGAAGGGAAGUACCCCCCCCUGUGCCGCACCGAGCAAGCCUGGAGAAACGAGCAGCAGAAACUGCAGGAGCGGCUCCGGGCCAUCAAAGCCAUCGUCCACCAGAUCCUGCAGGAGCAUCCCCAGCACCACGGGGCUCUCCAGUGGCUCUGUCAGUGCCUGGAGUCCAGGCUCGGCUCGCAGGAAGCCUGA